AUCUUGAAUGGAUCCGGAAGCAGGUGUCGAGUGCGAUGGGUCGAGUGUAGAAGGGACGAAGAGGAGGGGGUCAGGCGACCCUUGGUGGUGCGGUCACGGCGCUCUAUCGGCUGUUUUGCGUGAGGCUAGGAGCAAGGGACGUCGCUACGAGUGCGAUUCAGAGGGUCACAAGACGAUGCAACAGCGGAAAGGAGUGAAGUGAAGAUGUGCUGAAGCCGUCGGGGAAUGGUUGUAGGAAGAUACGUCGCCGUCGACUUCCUUGGGUGCUGUGUGCCGUGCAACCAAACCCACAAGUCUGAGUGCAUCCGCAACAGUCCAUGAGUCCGAUUCACACACUGACGACUGGUUGCGUGCGUGCGCGGGCGUGCUGUGCGCACAACGAGGUCUUCCUGCUGCCAUCCG